AUGGGAAGACAACCUUGUUGUGACAAACUAGGGGUGAAGAAGGGGCCGUGGACGGCGGAGGAGGACAAGAAGCUGAUAAAUUUCAUAGUGAGCAACGGGCAAUGCUGCUGGCGGGCGGUGCCGAAGCUGGCGGGGCUGAGGCGGUGCGGGAAGAGCUGCCGGCUGCGGUGGACGAAUUAUCUCCGGCCGGACUUGAAGAGGGGGCUUCUUAACGACGCGGAGGAGCAGUUGGUCAUUGAUUUGCAUGCACGUCUUGGCAACAGGUGGUCCAAAAUAGCAGCUCGACUGCCCGGGAGAACAGACAACGAGAUCAAGAACCACUGGAACACACACAUAAAGAAAAAACUCCUUAAAAUGGGAAUCGACCCCGUCACGCACGAACCCCUCAACAAAGAAAACGAAACCGAUCAAAACCCGCAGACCGAAAUUUCCCCUGAAUCGGGAAAAGAAAGUCAGGCUCAGGCCCAAGCAUCCGGGCCCAACAACACCAUCCCCAUGUGCCCUGACGAGCAUUCCUACUCGCCGGCCGAUCAGAACAGUUCAUCGGACGAGUCAUCAUGUUUUCCCGACCGCAACUUUUACGAAAACGAUCCUAUAAUCAGCUGCCUAUUUACAGAUGACCCUCCCCAAGUCGAGUUCCCCUGGGAAUUCCCAUCCCCCGGGCACGAUCUCAAUGUGUUUUGCCCGACUUCUUGGGAUGAGAACAGUAAUAAUUGGCUACUCGAUUGUCAAGAUUUCGGGAUCCACGACUUUGGGUUCGAGUGUUUUGAUGACGUGGGAAUGAAUAAUGCUCUGAGUUCAUUAGAUAUGGGGAACAACCAAUAA